AUGAAGAAACACAAUAUUAACCAGCACUCCAGUCCCCGAGAGCUUUGUUUAAGCCACAGCAGCACUGAAAAGUCAAGAGAAGGUUGGUGUUGUGUGGGAAUGAGAUCCCGAAACCAGGGCGGUGAAAGUUCAUCCAACGGGCAUGUCUCCUGCCCCAAGUCCUCCAUCAUCAGCAAUGCUGCUGAUAAAAGUCUCUCAGAAGACACGAAAAAGAAGAACAAAUCCAACAGAAAGGAGGAUGAUGUCAUGGCUUCAGGAACUGUCAAACGACACCUAAAACCAUCUGGAGAAAGUGAACGGAAAAGUAAGAAAUCCUUGGAGUUGUCCAAGGAAGAUCUCAUCCAGCUACUCAGUAUAAUGGAAGGGGAGCUACAGGCCAGGGAAGAUGUGAUCCACAUGCUGAAGACGGAGAAAACGAAGCCUGAGGUUCUGGAGGCUCAUUACGGGUCUGCGGAGCCAGAGAAAGUACUCCGGGUCCUGCACCGAGACGCCAUCCUGGCCCAGGAGAAGUCCAUAGGAGAAGAUGUGUACGAGAAACCCAUCUCAGAGCUGGACCGACUCGAGGAAAAGCAGAAGGAAACCUACCGGCGCAUGCUAGAGCAGCUGCUUCUGGCUGAGAAGUGUCACCGGCGCACGGUAUACGAGCUGGAGAACGAGAAGCACAAACACACGGACUACAUGAACAAGAGCGACGAUUUCACCAACCUGCUGGAGCAGGAGCGGGAGAGGUUGAAAAAACUCCUUGAACAGGAAAAAGCUUACCAAGCCCGCAAAGAAAAGGAAAAUGCUAAGCGGCUCAACAAACUGAGAGACGAGCUUGUGAAACUCAAGUCCUUUGCACUCAUGCUGGUGGAUGAAAGGCAGAUGCACAUCGAGCAACUUGGCCUGCAGAGCCAGAAAGUACAGGACUUGACUCAGAAACUGAGGGAAGAGGAAGAAAAGCUCAAAGCCAUCACUUCCAAAUCCAAAGAAGACAGGCAGAAAUUGCUCAAGUUGGAAGUGGACUUCGAACACAAGGCAUCAAGGUUUUCCCAGGAGCAUGAGGAGAUGAAUGCUAAGUUGGCCAGUCAGGAGUCUCACAACAGACAACUCAGACUCAAGCUGGUUGGCCUGACUCAGAGAAUCGAGGAGCUGGAAGAGACCAACAAAAACCUUCAGAAGGCAGAAGAAGAACUUCAGGAACUAAGAGAUAAGAUUGCCAAAGGGGAAUGCGGCAACUCCAGCCUCAUGGCAGAAGUGGAAAAUCUACGGAAGCGCGUGCUUGAGAUGGAGGGUAAAGAUGAAGAGAUCACGAAAACCGAGUCCCAGUGCCGGGAACUGAGAAAGAAACUGCAGGAGGAAGAACACCAUAGCCGGGAGCUCAAAAUUGAAGUUGAGAAGUUACAGAAGAGAAUGUCGGAACUGGAGAAACUGGAAGAGGCGUUUAGCAAGAGUAAAUCUGAGUGCACCCAGCUGCACUUAAAUCUGGAGAAAGAAAAGAACUUAACCAAGGACCUGCUCAAUGAACUGGAGGUGGUCAAGAGUCGGGUUAAAGAACUGGAAUGUUCUGAAAGUCGAUUGGAAAAGGCUGAAUUAAGCCUCAAAGACGAUCUUACAAAGUUGAAGUCCUUUACUGUGAUGCUGGUGGAUGAAAGGAAAAAUAUGAUGGAAAAAAUAAAGCAAGAGGAGAGAAAAGUGGAUGGACUCAACAAAAAUUUUAAGGUGGAACAAGGAAAGGUUAUGGACGUCACGGAAAAACUCAUCGAAGAAAGUAAGAAGCUUUUAAAGCUGAAAUCUGAAAUGGAGGAAAAGGUAUACAAUUUAACGAAAGAGAGAGAUGAGUUAAUAGGCAAACUGAAAAGUGAAGAAGAAAAAUCCUCUGAAUUAAGCUGCAGUGUGGACUUAUUAAAGAAGAGACUUGAUGGAAUAGAGGAAGUGGAGAGAGAAAUAACAAGAGGAAGGUCUCGAAAAGGACCUGAGCUCACUUGCCCUGAAGAUAACAAAAUUAAGGAACUAACGCUGGAAAUUGAGAGACUGAAGAACCGUCUGCAACAACUGGAGGUGGUGGAAGGGGACCUGAUGAAGACGGAAGAUGAGUAUGACCAGCUGGAGCAGAAAUUUAGAACCGAGCAGGAUAAGGCCAAUUUCCUCUCUCAGCAAUUGGAGGAGAUCAAACACCAAAUCGCCAAGAACAAAGCCAUAGAGAAAGGCGAGGCCGUGAGCCAAGAAGCUGAGCUGAGACACAGAUUUCGGCUGGAAGAAGCCAAAAGUCGCGAUUUAAAAGCUGAGGUCCAAGCUCUUAAAGAGAAGAUUCACGAACUGAUGAACAAAGAAGACCAGCUUUCUCAGCUCCAAGUGGAUUACUCUGUCCUUCAACAGAGGUUUAUGGAAGAAGAAAAUAAGAACAAAAGCAUGGGCCAGGAGGUCCUCCAUCUGACCAAAGAGCUGGAGCUGUCCAAGCGGUACAGCCGCGCCCUGCGGCCCAGCGUGAAUGGGCGCAGGAUGGUGGAUGUUCCCGUGACAUCCACGGGCGUGCAGACGGAUGCCCUGGGCAGCGAGGCAGCGGAGGAGGACACACCAGCCGUGUUCAUCCGCAAGUCCUUUCAGGAGGAAAACCACAUCAUGAGCAACCUUCGCCAGGUGGGACUGAAGAAGCCUCUGGAACGUUCGUCGGUUCUCGACAGGUAUCCACCCGCGGCCAACGAGCUCACCAUGAGGAAGUCCUGGAUCCCGUGGAUGAGGAAGAGGGAGAACGGGCCCCCGGUGGCUCCGGAGAAGGGGCCCCGUGCCAGUGCCAGCCCAGGGCACCCGGGAGAGCUGGUGCUCUCGCCCAAGCAGGGCCAGCCGCUGCACAUUCGCGUGACCCCGGACCACGAGAACAGCACCGCCACUCUGGAGAUCACCAGCCCCACGGCAGAAGAGUUCUUCUCGAGCACCACCGUCAUCCCCACCCUGGGCAACCAGAAGCCGAGGAUCACCAUCAUCCCCUCCCCAAACGUCCUGUCUCAGAAGCAGAAAGGCACAGAAGCUACCCUCGGGCCGGAGCGAGCCAUGUCUCCGGUCACCAUCACCACCUUUUCCAGGGAGAAGACCCCAGAGGGCGGGAGGGGGGCGUUUGCCGACAGGCCCACGUCCCCCAUCCAGAUCAUGACUGUGUCCACGUCGGCGGCACCGACGGACAUCAGUGUCCCUCCCGAAUCCCAGGAAAUGCCCGUGGGAAGGACGGUCCUCAAGGUCACCCCGGAGAAGCAGCCUGGACCAACCCCAGUCCGGAAAUACAACGCCAAUGCCAAUAUCAUAACCACGGAAGACAACAAAAUCCACAUUCACCUAGGCUCUCAGUUUAAGCGAGGCCCGGGGACUUCGGCCGAAGGGACGAGUCCGGUGAUCACUGUCCGACCGGUCAACGUGACGGCCGAGAAGGAGGUGUCCACCGGCACCGUCCUUCGCUCGCCCAGGAACCACCUCUCGCCACGCUCUGGCGCGAGCAAAGUGACCAGCACCAUCACCAUUACCCCGGUCACGACUUCAUCAGCCAGAGGAACCCAGUCAGUGUCGGGACAAGACGGGUCAGCCCAGCGACCUACACCCACCCGCAUUCCUAUGUCAAAAGAAAGCAUCAUCAUCCACCAGUUACGUAUGAACUCAAGAUGA